AUGAACGAGAAAAAUACCCGCGUUCUGAGCUCAGUGAAUAUGAACGAGAAAAAUACCCGCGUUCUGAGCUCAGUGAAUAUGAACGAGAACAAUACCCGCGUUCUGAGCUCAGUGAAUAUGAACGAGAAAAAAUACCCGCGUUCUGAGCUCAGUGAAUAUGAACGAGAAAAUACCCGCGUUCUGAGCUCAGUGAAUAUGAACGAGAAAAAUACCCGCGUUCUGAGCUCAGUGAAUAUGAAACGAGAACAAUACCCGCGUUCUGAGCUCAGUGAAUAUGAACGAGAACAAUACCCGCGUUCUGAGCUCAGUGAAUAUGAACGAGAACAAUACCCGCGUUCUGAGCUCAGUGAAUAUGAACGAGAACAAUACCCGCGUUCUGAGCUCAGUGAAUAUGAACGAGAACAAUACCCGCGUUCUGAGCUCAGUGAAUAUGAACGAGAACAAUACCCGCGUUCUGAGCUCAGUGAAUAUGAACGAGAACAAUACCCGCGUUCUGAGCUCAGUGAAUAUGAACGAGAACAAUACCCGCGUUCUGAGCUCAGUGAAUAUGAACGAGAACAAUACCCGCGUUCUGAGCUCAGUGAAUAUGAACGAGAACAAUACCCGCGUUCUGAGCUCAGUGAAUAUGAACGAGAACAAUACCCGCGUUCUGAGCUCAGUGAAUAUGAACGAGAACAAUACCCGCGUUCUGAGCUCAGUGAAUAUGAACGAGAACAAUACCCGCGUUCUGAGCUCAGUGAAUAUGAACGAGAACAAUACCCGCGUUCUGAGCUCAGUGAAUAUGAACGAGAACAAUACCCGCGUUCUGAGCUCAGUGAAUAUGAACGAGAAAAAUACCCGCGUUCUGAGCUCAGUGAAUAUGAACGAGAACAAUACCCGCGUUCUGAGCUCAGUGAAUAUGAACGAGAACAAUACCCGCGUUCUGAGCUCAGUGAAUAUGAACGAGAACAAUACCCGCGUUCUGAGCUCAGUGAAUAUGAACGAGAACAAUACCCGCGUUCUGAGCUCAGUGAAUAUGAACGAGAACAAUACCCGCGUUCUGAGCUCAGUGAAUAUGAACGAGAACAAUACCCGCGUUCUGAGCUCAGUGAAUAUGAACGAGGACAAUACCCGCGUUUGAGCUCAGUGAAUAUGAACGAGAACAAUACCCGCGUUCUGAGCUCAGUGAAUAUGAACGAGAACAAUACCCGCGUUCUGAGCUCAGUGAAUAUGAACGAGAACAAUACCCGCGUUCUGAGCUCAGUGAAUAUGAACGAGAACAAUACCCGCGUUCUGAGCUCAGUGAAUAUGAACGAGAACAAUACCCGCGUUCUGAGCUCAGUGAAUAUGAACGAGAACAAUACCCGCGUUCUGAGCUCAGUGAAUAUGAACGAGAACAAUACCCGCGUUCUGAGCUCAGUGAAUAUGAACGAGAACAAUACCCGCGUUCUGAGCUCAGUGAAUAUGAACGAGAACAAUACCCGCGUUCUGAGCUCAGUGAAUAUGAACGAGAACAAUACCCGCGUUCUGAGCUCAUCGUUACAAUUUGAAUAUUAG